AUGUACUUGCGGGUCCCUCUCCGGGCUCUUCGGACGCCCGUGUUCUCGCGAAUGUCACAUUUACCCAAGCGCACUGUUUUGGUGCUGAUGUCCAGAGCCUUUCAUGCGUCGUCUAGGGUAGCCAAUAAGCAACAAGACCAUGAAUCUAGACUAGCGCAAGAAUUGAAGAAAUUGCACGAAAUAAGACGCCAGUUCGACAAUGCCAGCUUCUUUGACAAGUUUAAACUUCGUCCACAGAUGGAGGCUCAAGAAGCUAAGGUCAUGGAGCUCCAGAAUUACCUCACCGAUGCCCAACCCAUGCCUUUGCAACUCCACAACCCGUUGGAGUUGAACGCUGCAAAGAGAUACAGCGUGGUUUUCGACUUUUUAUUGGCACAUUUCGAGAAGGAGUGUGAGAGUUUCAAGACGAAACGUUUGGUGAGUCCUGAAGUGUUGUCACAGAGAAUCAUUGGCGACUUUUCCAAAGAACACCCUGCACUUGAUGCUUUGACCAAGGAUGAGAUCGUAGCAGUUUUCGAUAUCUAUUAUCGUAUUUCCAACCUCGUUGACCCUGUGGAUCAAGUGGAGUUCAACCAGGACAAGAUCCAGCAGUUAUUUGACUAUUAUACCAAGAACCACCUCGAGUUGGAAGGUAGUGCCCUUGAGAAGGCCGCUUCUGACCAAAUCAAAUUGGAUUCUGCUGUUGUGCGUGAGUGGUUCAAGGUGUUUGAGACCUUGUGGAAGGUGCCCUUCGCCGGUGAAGGCGAGGUGUUUACUAACCCCCUCUGUGGAGAUGAAUAUACCGCUUACAACGCAUACAACUCCGAGUUGAACAAGGUGCGUGAUAUGCUCAAGGAAAAAACUGAUAAAGGUGCUCCUCCGCCAUCUGGGAACCAGGAGCCAAAGAAGACAAAUGGCAAAAAGAAGGAUGAGUAUAAAUACUUCGACAUCAACAUCACUGGCCUGAAUGCUCGUUUGUUUGCUAUGGGUGUUUUUGGAGGUUUACUUAGUUUCAUUUUCUUGAGUUCGGGUCUGAAUGGUAAUCAUGAGGUUUCUUUCCAGGAAUUUUCUGCUGACUUCUUGCGCAAGAAUCUUGUGGCUAGAAUUGUUGUGGUCAACAACAGAACUGCGGUCCUCGAAUUGAAUGAGAACGGAAAAGCUCAAUAUCCUCAUGGCGAGUAUUACUUCAACAUCGGAAGCAUUGAGUCGUUUGAGCGCAACUUAAAGGCUGUACAAGAGGAGUAUAAGAUUCCUGACCAGCUCAGACUUCCUGUGGUUUAUAUUACAGAGGGAAGCGCUACCAAGAUGUUGAUCAACUUUUUACCUACUUUAUUGUUCCUUGGUGCAAUCUAUUACAUGACCAAGAGGGCUACCAUGGGAGGUAUGGGCGGCCCGUUGGGCUUCGGAAAAUCUACUGCUAAGAAGUUCAACCAGGAAACUGACGUAAAAGUCAAAUUCAAGGAUGUUGCUGGUAUGAAUGAAGCAAAGCAGGAGGUUAUGGAAUUUGUUAAGUUUUUACAGAACCCAACUAAGUACGAGAAGUUGGGUGCUAAGAUUCCAAGAGGUGCUAUCUUGUCUGGUCCUCCGGGUACUGGUAAAACUUUGCUUGCUAGAGCUACUGCAGGUGAGGCAGGUGUACCAUUCUACUCUGUGUCUGGUUCUGAAUUCGUUGAAAUGUUCGUUGGAGUUGGUGCUUCACGUGUUCGUGAUUUGUUCAAGACUGCCCGUGAAAAUGCCCCUUCCAUUGUGUUUGUUGAUGAGAUUGACGCAAUCGGUAAGCAGAGAUCUAAGGGUAAUGCAAGCGGUGCAAACGAUGAGCGUGAAACCACGUUAAACCAGUUGUUGGUUGAAAUGGAUGGUUUUGAUAGCUCGGACCAUGUUGUGGUCUUGGCAGGAACAAAUAGACCAGAUAUUUUGGACAAGGCCUUGAUGAGACCAGGAAGAUUUGACAGACACAUUUCAAUCGACAAUCCUGAGUUGCUAGGAAGAAAAGAGAUUUUUGAAGUGCAUUUGAAGAAGAUCAAGUUGGCUACCGAUAUUGACCCCGAAUUGCCUGGCCGCUUGGCUGCAUUGACACCUGGGUUCUCGGGUGCAGAUAUUGCCAAUGUUUGUAAUGAGGCUGCUUUGAUUGCUGCCAGAUAUAACGCCAAGGCUGUGACAUUGAGACAUUUCGAAUUAGCCAUCGAGAGAGUCAUUGGAGGAGUCGAAAAGAAAUCUAAGCUCUUAGACCCUAAUGAGAAGCGUGUGGUUGCCUACCAUGAGGCUGGCCAUGCCGUUUGUGGUUGGUAUUUGAAGUAUGCUCAUCCAUUGCUUAAGGUCUCUAUCAUUCCAAGAGGUCAGGGUGCUUUGGGAUACGCGCAAUAUUUGCCUCCAGAUCAGUAUCUCUUCACCGCUGUGCAACUUUACGACAGAAUGAUUAUGACUUUGGGAGGCAGAGUGUCUGAAGAGUUGAACUUUGCCUCGGUGACCAGUGGAGCGCACGAUGACUUCAAGAAGGUUACUAACAUUGCUCAGUCGAUGGUUUUGAGAUUUGGUAUGUCUAACAAGGUGGGUAUGGUGAACUAUGCUGAUACCCAGAGCCAAGACAACCUUACGAAGCCAUUCAGUGAUGAGACCAAUAAGAUCAUUGAUGAGGAGAUUGAGAGAAUUGUCAAGGAAUGUCACAGCAAGUGUAAGCAGUUGUUGACCGAGAAAUCAAAGGAAGUGGAGAUUGUCGCACAAGAGUUGUUGAAGAAAGAAUUCAUCACUAGAGAAGACAUGAUCCGCUUAUUGGGCAAGAGACCAUUCCCUGAGACCAAUGAUGCAUUUGACAAAUACCUUGAUGGUAAGGCGGCUUUCAAGAAUGAGAAGCCAUCAGAGGAGAAGAAGGAUGAUGAGAUGUAA